AUGAAGACAGCCACCCUCCUUUCCGCCCUUGCGGCCGCGGCCAACGGCGCCAUCCUCUGGGACGGACGCUUCAACGACCUGAAAUCCGCAGCGGACCUCAACACGUGGUCGUGGAGCAACCAGGUCGGGCCGUACCAGUACUACAUCCACGGGUCGGGCGACGUCGGAAAGUACAUCAGCCUGUCGGCAGACUUCAAGAACCCCAGCGACACGGGGUCGAAGCAGGGGGCCAAGUUCACGCUCGACAGCACGGCGUUCUGGAACGGGCAGAACAUGCGCCGCACCGAGCUGAUCCCCCAGACCACGGCGGCGAUCGCGUCCGGCAAGGUGUUCUACCACUUCUCCAUCAUGCGCAAGGACACCAACGCCCCAAGCCAGAACAGGGAGCACCAGAUCUGCUUCUUCGAGUCCCACUUCACGGAGCUCAAGUACGGCUGGAUCAGCGGCGAGCAGGGCACCAGCAACCCGAACCUGCAGUGGAUGACGAGCCAGCAGAGCCACUGGAAGGUCGAGUGGAAGCCCGACGUCUGGCACAAUGUUGCCUACGAGAUUGACUUCUCCGGCAACAAGGUCGGCUUCUGGCACUCCGAGGGCGGCGACCCGCUCACGCAGGUCGUGGCCCCGGUCUCGGCUUCGACCUCAUCCAACGGCGCGGACUGGCAUUUGGGCGUCCUCGAGCUCCCCCGCGACGGCCAGAGCGAUAGCAACGAGGACUUUUACUUCUCGGGCGUCUACAUCGAGUCCGGUUCCAUUACCACUGCUGUUAGCGGACCUGCUUGA